UCCAACUAAUCACAAAACAGCGGUACACUGGAAUCGAGCUCGUUUGGAUGUUGGUGUCCGUCAUUUUUUUACUUGUCGAAUGUCAGAAAAUACAAAUAUGGAGCAAUUAAGUAUACCCGAAUUUUACAAAGGCCGAUCCGUGUUCAUCACCGGCGCAACGGGUUUCAUGGGCAAGGUGUUAGUGGAGAAGCUUUUACGAUCCUGCCCCGAAGUUGAUCGAAUUUACUUGUUGAUGAGACCAUCAAAGGGCCAAAGUGUCGAGUGUCGUCUUGAGGAUCUAAUCAACAAUCAGAUAUUCGACGGGGUCAGGAAACAAGAGCCAAAUGCAUUGACAAAAAUUGUAGCCGUGACAGGCGAUGUGACCCUGCCCGGAUACGGUUUAUCGGCAUUCGACUUGAAUCUAUUGAUUCAAAAUGUUUCUAUCGUCUUCAACUCUGCCGCUACCAUUAAAUUCAACGAAGAACUCAAAGAUGCCAUCGAGAUGAACGUCAAAGGUCCUAUGCAGUUACUAGAAAUUUGCCGACAGAUGAAACGCCUUGUGGCUUUUGUUCACGUAUCGACGGCUUUUAACAAUCUCGACCGAGAAGAAAUGAAAGAACAGGUUUACCAUUCGAAAGUUGAUCCCGUCAAAUUGAUUCAAUUGCUUGACUGCCUCGACGACAACGCAGUAAAAAAGAUCGCACCACAACUUUUGGGCAAUUCCCCCAACACAUAUACCUACACAAAAGCAUUGGCCGAGCAACUUCUCGAGGAACAAUGCGGAAGCGUUCCAUUGGCAAUUGUAAGACCCUCAAUAGUUACUGCAGCCCUCAAAGAACCCAUUCCCGGUUGGGUUGACAAUUUCAACGGGGCAACAGGAACGAUCGCUGCGGUCGGGAAGGGAUUUUUCCGUGUCAUGAAAAUCAACGCAGAUCUAGUCGCAGACAUAAUUCCUGUUGAUUACCCAAUCAAUUUAAUGAUUGCCGUGGCUUGGCACUUAGCCACUCGCAGACCAAACGAAGUUCCGGUUUACAGUUGUACAACUGGCCAUCGAAACCCUUUAACUUGGGGUGGUCUGAAACGUUAUACCUUGCAGUCUUGGUUGAAAUUCCCUGCCCAAGAUAUGAUGUGGUACCCUAGCGCCCUUUACACAAUUAACGACGCUUGGUACAAAAUGAACGAAGUUUUGUUCCAUACCAUUCCGGCACACUUGUUCGACUUGUUUUAUUCUAUGACGGGCAAACGCACUCGAUGGGUCCGAAUGUAUGCCAAAGCAACUCUAGCUUUUUCUGCAUUGGAGUUUUUUACGACGCAUCAAUGGAGAUUCCUUAGUAAUAACCCGAUUCGUUUGUUGGAGGAAAUGUCCAACCAAGACAAGAAAACUUUCUAUUUUGAUGUCCGCGAAAUUGAAUGGAAAAGCUACUUCGAUGUUUUCAUACAGGGAGCUCGGAGGUUCGUUCUUAAAGACGACCCAAGCACUCUGCCCCUCGCAAGACGCAACCUUAGCAGGCUGUACGUGGCACGGAUGUUUCUGCGUCUACUUUUUUUCUUCGGUUUAUUCACUGUAUUGUGGCGCUCUUUCAGACCAUUUUUACUACCUGUAACUGCAGCGUUUUUCUUAAUCGAGUUUUUAUCUGAUAAGUCUUAGGCAAAGAUAACGACGAAUCAAACCUGAAGAGGUAAAUCAGUCGGUUGUUUUACUUAUCCUUACAACACGUAAAAAUAGUAUUCCUCUUUCAUUUCUCCUCGUCGUCGUACGUAACCGUUUCCCUUGAUUUUAAAUAGUUCAAUUGCGCUUCAUAGUAUUUAGCAUGUUCAGCGAAGAUGCCAAAUGUUGUUGAGUAGAUUCUUCAUUUUAAAUCUUCUAAGUUACAAGCCUAUAGGAUAAGGCUAUCUUAUAUCUGUAAGUUUUAUGUAGAACUUAAUAAUCAUUUCUUUUUCAAAAUACCUUCAUUUUAGACAUUUUGGCUAGUAUUGCGCCAUUGAAUUUUGCAUUAAACGUGUUCAAAAGGUUUUUGAUGAACGUUUUACAACUAACAAGUAAUUAAAAGUCGUUCAUGUAAACAAUUUAAUUCAACAAAAUUAAUUUCAACAUUAGCCUUUGAAAAUAAUUCAACCGAUAACGGAAAGAUUUCUGUGAAAUAAAAUGUUCAAACCCCUCAAAGAAAAAAGACAAAAUAUCCUGUAAAUUUCCGAGUUCGUCUUCCGAGAUAUGCGUCAUCUAAUCGUUGCUUGUAUUGCGCAAACCCAAUCAUUACUGUGUAGUACUCAUUAAUGCAUUGAUAUGAUUUCUUGAGAUUUUAUUUUGUAAAAGAAUAUACGUAGUAUAAUUGCCACCA